AUGCAGUCUGAGUCCAAAAAGUAUGAGGAAGAGAUUCCUUCUCUGCUGUGGGGGCUGGAUCCUGUAUUUUCCGCAUUUGCAAGACUCUAUAUCAAGGAUAUAAAAGAAAUGAGAGAAUCUAAACAAGUGCCAGGUAUAUUCUUUUAUAAUGGACAUCCAGUGCGACAGGUAGAUGUUGUUGGGAUAGUGGUUCAAAGCAAAGAGCGAAAUGCCUUUUAUAAUUAUGGAGUGGAUGAUAGUACUGGUGUUAUAAAUUGUGUCUGUUGGAAAAAUCCCAUGGGAGCAGAAAGACCAUUAUCAGCUUGUCCAAGUACAGCCAGCAGUCUUAAUAUGCUUGAACAGAGGAAGAAACUCCAGGAAAAGAUCAGCCAGAAAACCAAGCUGGAGAUUGGGGAUGUUGUCAGGGUCAGAGGUCACAUCCGAACCUACAGAGAGCAAAGAGAAAUUCAGGCCUCCUCUUUUUAUAAAGUGGAUGAUCCUGUGUGUGAUGUUCAGAUUUCAAGAAUGCUGGAGCUCCCUUAUCUCUAUAGAGAAGUUUAUGAUAAACCUUUCCAAGGUCCAGAGGGGACACAGAGUGGCCCAGAGUGCCUGGAUUUCUCCAAUAUGCUGUGCGAGAAAGUGAAAGACUUCUUGCUACAAAACAGAAUUCAAACGUUUUACCAACAGGAGCUGGAAACAGUUGAUACUCUCGUGUCCCUGGCCCACCAGCCUCAACCUAGUCCCAGCUGUCAGGAGGUGGAUUCAAAGAGUGACCCAAGCUCUAAACAGAUUCACAGUGUUUUUAAGGAAGCAGUAAGGAUGCUACAAGAAAAAGGAGUGGUUUUCCAGAAACCUAGUAGCUCCAAAGACUUAUACCAUGUGACUGACCAUGAUAAGGAGCUGCUUAAAGUGACCCUAGAUGUGGUCAAGGAAGACUGUCGAAAACCCAGGCAUGCUGAGAAAGGCUGUCACUUCCUUCACAUCCUGAGCUGCGUUCGGCAGAGCUACAACCCCUACGUGUCUGAAGCAGUGAUGCACCGUGUCCUGGAGCUGCUGGAGAGUAACAGCGAUGUUAUCAGCACUAUGGAGGGAUACUAUAUGACCUUUUAA